AUGGUAUGUUAUAUUUGUUUACAACAUAAUGAUCAUAAUGUUGUAUCAAGUUCAUUAGAAACGCUUGAAAUUAUACUUAAAUAUUCAAAUAUAUUUGAUUUUGAUCAAUUAUUAAUUUCAACCCAAAUUGGAUCUAUAGAAGAAAUUCGUGUUGGUGAAGCCUUAAGAACAGGAAUUAAAUUAUUAGAAGAUUCUAUUCAACAUACUACAAGUUCCUAUGUUCUUGCUAAAUUUGCUCUAGCUCAACUUAUGGAUGAUAUUGAUUUUCGAAUAUUAACUUAUCUUGAACAACAACAACAACAAUUAAAACAACAGUACCCUGAUAUACGUGUCCGUCAAGCAACUGCUUCGACUUUUGCUAAGUAUAAUGAAAAAGAUUCAUCAACAACAUCAAAUACAGACAAAGAUAAAAAAGUUAAUCGUACACGAUUAGGUACUUUGAGAAAUAAUCCAUCAAUGAUAAAAUUAUUCGAAUUAAUACGUUCAUCUUAUCAAUUACAUAAAAUUUUAAGUCUUAUUUCUACACAAGAUUUAUCAAAAAAAUUUGGAAGAGAAACACUUAAUUAUUUUAAAUCAACAUUCAAUCAUUUUAUUUAUUGUAUUGCUGAAUUUCUUGUUAUGUUAUCACAUGAUACACUUCAUUCAAAACAAGUUAUUAAAAUACAAGAUUUAAUAAAACAUUAUGAUUCAUUAUUAGCAAGUGGACAUGAACCUGAAACACAUGCAUUGACAGCAUUAGAACCACUUUUAUAUGAUUUUUUUUUUCUUGCUUUACGAUUGUUCACAGUUUUUGUUAAUAGUGUUCAAAUUGAAGAUGAUAAAUGGGAACGUCUUUCACGACAAAUUGUCGAUUUACUUCUUGCUCAUUUACAAUCUCAGAAUGAUGUUUUAUUAUCAGUUAAUGGAAGACGAGAUGAAACUUUUAAAGCAUGGUGGUCACCAAUGUUAACACCAUCAUCAUUAAUAAUACGUUUAUCUAUAAGUAGUCAAUUACAAUCUUAUUGUGAUUUAAUAUGUCAUCAUGAAUUAUAUGUUGAAUAUUUUACAUCAAUAACAACACAUUAUCAAUUGUUAUUAUUAUUUUUUAUUGAACAAAGUGAUACAUGCACAUAUGUACAUAAUUUAUCUGGUGUUAUACAUCAUACAUCAGUUGCAAGUCAUUUAUUCGUUUGUGAAGGAAUACAUUUAGAUGAAAGUGGUCUUCUAUUAGUUUUAUUAAUUGAACAAUUUUUUCCAUUACCAUUAAAUAAACAAUUAUUACCUAAAUAUAUACCAUAA